GGCCAGGGUGCAGGUGAGCCCCCCCAACCCCCCCCCUCUGCUCGGUGUCCGGGCUGAGCUUCGAGGGGCUGAGCUUCGGUGGAGUACCACAUGGCGGGGCAUAACAAGGAGAAGCGAUAUGAGUGCGAGGUGUGUGGCAAGGCCUGGCGGCACCCGAGCAAGCUGGAGAUCCAUCGGCGGGUGCACACGGGAGAACGCCCAUUUGACUGCUUGGAGUGCGGCAAGAACUUUGCCAGCUACGACAACCUGCUGCGGCACAAACGCGUGCACUCCAGUGAGAGGCCCUUCACCUGCUCCGACUGCGGCAAGAACUUCACGAGAUCGCAGUUCCUGAAGGCCAACCGGCAAGUGCACACGGGCGAGAAGCCCUAUGACUGCUCCACCUGUGGUAAGAGCUUUACCCGGUUGUCGGGAAUACGGCAGCACCGGCGUGCACAGCAGUGAGUGAUCCUUCACCAGCUCCAACUGCGGCAAAGGCUUCAAGUCAUCCACGAACCUGACGGUGCACCGGCGCCUGCGCACCGGGGAGCGGCC